AUGAGCGUCGUGAGAAGAAAACUAUUUGAGGAAGGAUCGAAUUCUUGGACCUCGGAUCAAACAAUCGCUGAAAGGCCAAAUAACGAAGCAGUUGAAAAUGAGCGCACAGAAAUUGUUGAAUACACUGUUGUAAACGAAGGAGAUGUAGCUCUAAAGGAGCCAAGUGUAGAGACUCCAAAUGGAUUAAAAACGCCCCAAGAAAAUAUGUUUCGACCGACAACUACUUCGUGCUUUGAGAAGGUAAACAUUUGAUUAAAAUUUGUUACAACUUAUUUCUCUUUAUUCGAGUCACUUUUUUCACGUUCGUUCAACUCAAUGUCUAAUUUUCAAAGAAAUUUUGAACAAAUUGUGAUUCGUAAACUAUUCUUACAAGAAAAAAUUACGUGAAGCUUUAAACAAUCUAUUCCAUGGAAUAUUCGAGCGGGACUCAAAAACCUAUUCUAAGAUUUAAAAACUUCACCGUAAUUCGAUAAACUUCUUCGAGUUAAAAUCUUCCAGUAGUUAUUUUGGGCUUGCUUAUAUAUUUAACUGUUUGUAGAGACAUUCCAAAAAAUAGUUUUGACGAGAAUCAUUGAGUUUUUUCCUAGGAUCGUGAAAAGAAACUUCUGAUUAUUGACGAGGCAGAAGAUGAAACUGUUCGCAAAGGAUGGGCAGAAAAACAGACACUUAAAGGGAUACAAGUUGUAACAUGUCAUUGUACAAACCUGAUCUCGGUCUGUACAAAAGAAACAUUUCUACUUAUUUUCCUCGAUAUAUCCUCAGUGGCAGGAAACGCUAAAAAGAUAGUUUCUACGAUAAGGUAAGUACUCUCAAAAUGUCGAGAAAGCAGUUUUAAUCUAUUUAGAGUACACCUUGUAUUACACGCAGCGUGCCGCCAAACAAUGACAGAAAAGUGUGAUCUAAUUAACGAAUACGAUUUUGUGAUACCAGGAACUUCUUCUUUGAGGAUAAGAAUAUAUCAAAACUUGCAGAGAAAGCUGUUAAGAAAUAAUAGGAAAAGUUGUGUUCUACGAUUCAAGAAACUUAAUUUAAUUAAAAUAGCAAUGGAGAAUUUUAAUAGCUACAUUGGAUCCCUUCCGUGGACUCGCUACUGCCUACAAUUUUCUUUGCCUUUGACGUAUUUAUCCUUUUCUUCUCAUGUUAAUUCUUUAUAACUUUGCAACAUCUUAUCAUAAUCAUACAAUUCAAUCAACAAUACUAAUCAUGAUACAUAUGCAUUCCAGCAUGUUCUUUGCCCGAAAACAAGUCGAACAAUCGUAUGUUAUUCAAAAUUAAAAUUUAGUGCAGGAAGCUGAGAUUUAAUUGAAUGUUUUUCAUCAUCAAGUAAAUCAAAUAAUUUCAAAAGCAAGUGAAACUGAAUGAGCACAAAUAGAUGCUUUUCACAACUAAAAACUUCAUCUCCCUGCAUAGCAGUAUGUAAUUUAAAUUUAACAGAAGAUCACUUGAUUACCUUUACAAAUCACUCUAGGUACAAUCCCAAUUCUCUGAACCGUUCAACAGCAAUAAUUGGAUUAACACAGGAAGGAGAUAAAGGUAUGUUCCAGAAUCAAAUACAUCAUCAAGAGGCUGCCCUUUUGUUUACUUUUUUUUUCAAACUCAAUCCACAACUUUCUUUUUUUAUAUCUCAAAGAGGACUUCAGUUACCAUGAAAUAAAUGAUGUCAUUCAGCUUCCGGUGACAGAUGAAAGGGUGAAUCAGGUUUUGUUGAAGUGGGCUGGGCACAAGUCAUGUGAAGGUCAGUACUAAAACCACCAACAUGGACAAUGUGGUGUCCACCCUCAAAGGAAGAAGUUCUUUACCUCUUCUUUACCUCUUCUUUACCUCUUCAAAGGAACUAUUGUCAAUUGUUCCAUUGGAUGAGAUAUGAACUAGAUAGGCUUGCUAAUACUCAAAAGUUUUCCAUGUGUUGAUUUAUGAAACCUAUUUCCUAAAUAGUGUACAAAAAGGCACUUCUGAGCACCUGAAAAUGAAAAUUUUCAGGAAAGAGGCAUGCUUCUUUGACCCCCUUGCUGGUUUUUGGUGCACACUCCAUAGAGGAAAACUCCUAAUGCUUCUGAGGGCUUGUAUGAAUUUAUAGUUUCACAUUAUUUUAGGCAUGCCAUUGACACCAGAGAGUCCAGAAGGAAACAUUCAUUCAGCUGGACCAAAGUCUUUAGGAACAACCAAAGAAAACACAGAGGAGAAUUUGUCAUCAAUUAUAAAAUAUUCGACAUCACAACCAAUUCAGUAAGUGGGUUACCUUAAUUAUGUAUGUAGCAUGGGUAGGCAUGGUCAUUAUAUAUAAGUUGGUAUAUUGACUGAUAGUCUACCAGUGGAUAAUAAUCUGGGCCAGUUACUGACCUUUGCUUAACCAGGAUGUUAAAAUCACUGCUGAUUGUUUAAACAUUAGCAAACAGUGCCUUGUUAUAGUAAACAUGAUCGAGCAUGUCUAAAAUUAAUCACUGAUUUAAAACUGUUAUCAUUCUCUUUUCAGACAGAAUUGUAGUAGUAGAGUGUCCCAGGCAGACAACUCUAAUGGAACAUUGGAAUCCUUUUGCAAAGUCUCCACACUCCAUAACAACCAGUCAGGGCCAACCUAUCAACAGCUAUGUCACAAUGGCCAAUAUAUUCCUGUCAGUAGAAGUGGCUUUGCUGAUCCAUCACAGAACAAUCAAGUCACAGAUGACAACAGGUUACAUCUUCAAAACAGCAAUGUUGCUGCUCCACAGAACUUUCUCCUUGGGGGAAACCAGAUCCAAAGUCAACCUCACUCAUCACUGAUUCUCCAACGAUCAGCAGCAGAUCACAUGCUCACCCAGGAAGAUCAUGUUUCUGUUCAUAUUCCCCCAAAUGCAGUCAACACAGUGUAUCCUGAGCAUUAUAAUCACAUUUAUUACAACAUACCACCUACAAAUCAAAACAGACCAAAUACCAUUCCACCACAUUUUGUAGCUAUCAAUUCUUCCACAUGUGUCCAAAACCCUGCAGGCUUGACAUCACAGGCAGCUCCUAAGGCAGAUCACUCUGUAGUGACCACCCAAUCAUCACCUGACAGAGAAGGUGGAAAGAUAGUUGGCAGUCCUGCAUAUAUGAUCAGUGGACAACUGGGAAGCAAAGAUAUGAAAAUCACAUUACUUCAUGAUGACCUGUCCAAACACAGCUCCAAAGAGAGGAUUAGAAGGUAACAAAGACAAAGUUUUACUUCUUAACUACUAAGUUCAACACAAAAGGGAUAAUCUGUUUGUUUAAUUUGCAUAAACAGUAUUUGGUGUCUGAUCCCUGGAGAGAGAAAGAGAGAUUGUCACAAUUUAACCAACUCAUUUGACUUUUUCUUUGGCUAAUAAUUUCAAUGAUAAUGCAACUGGGAGUAUCACAGCUUCACUGGAUUGAAAGUAAUCAGGGACUGUAAGGAAAACACCAUUAUGGAGUCAAAUAUUAAGUAAAGUCAUUUCUCCAAAGAAACCAGGUGACGAUAUCCUUCUACAGAGCAAGCAAUGCAAAAAGCAUACUUCUUUUUUUGAUGGGUAUUCCUUGUAUAGCCAGAAUAAAUAAAAAAGGAUCUUUCCAGGUCUGUGUUUAAUUAACCAAUUACCUUAUGUAUAAAACAUCCAGCCUGUUGAAGUACUGUGCAUUUUUAGUCAUCAGUAGCAGGUUAGAUUUACAUUAUUUGUCUACACUAUAGGGAAACGUGAUGCAGAAAAAAUGAGAAAAGUACCAGUAGUAGCCCCACACAUCAUUUUAAAUUACCUCAGUCUGUUCUUCUAAUGAAAUCCUCACAUUGAUUCAUUUUCUUCUAGAGAACGAAUUAAGGAAAGCUGCGAUCAACUCCGCUUUUUGCUACCUAGUGUUGCUGGGAAAAAAUCUGACAUGGCUUCCGUAAGUAACUUGAAGCAAAUUUGAUUCAUUUUAAUUUGUAAAAUAUAUUUGUGGUAAAACAAAGUGUAUCCCUAUGUUAAUGUUUAUACCUCAAAUGAGAAGAUGAUGGUUGAUUAAUAAUCAUACUUUGAUACAAUUACAACAAUAAAUAAAUUUUCAUUACUGAUCAGAUUCUUGAAAUGACUGUAAAAUAUGUGAGAAUGAUCAAGGAGAGGCUUCCACCAGCUGUCCUUCAAGAGGUAAUAAUUGUUCAUUAGAUAGGACUUGGCUGUCUUCCAGGAGGAACAGACUAUUUGAAAAGUUUAAGGAAAUCAAGAAAAUAACCAACAAAAAUCCACCAGAUGGAGAAAAUAUGCAAAAGAAAAAUUGCACUCCUCCACCAAUGCAGCACCACAGUUUCUUUAGAAACUUACCCUCAAUACCCUUAAGACUCUUCCAUUAAAAUUUGUCUUACACUGGAAAGGCUUGACAUUUCUGAUUCAAAUUCCCAUGCCCUUAGGUACAGAUGACAGUGUAAAUAAUUGGCACGCAAGUCUGAAAUUUAUUUAAUAAUGGCUCGGUUGACUUGACCCUGUUCACUUGAGUAAUUCUCAAUUACCAUUUGUUGGAACUAUCAGCUCAUGCAGCUAUAUGUAAUUUAAGCAAGACAUUUUUUGCAGCUGAUUUAAGAGUUGUUCAAAGUACAGCCUCUGAUUAUAUGUAAACUUCAUACUUAUUCUUUCAGAUCUCUCAGAAUAUUGCUGACACAACUGCUACACUUCCCAGAAAAAGAACCAGGGACUUAUCAGCAAACAUUAAACAAACACGUCCAAGGUAGUGAAUGGAAACAUUCAUAAUCUAUCAACAACUUCAAACAAGGAUAUUCAAUCUACUUUUCAAAUACACUUUUAGUUCAGAUGAAAACUUUAAGGUAUUUGUAGGAUGCUUUUUGGCAAAGGUAAACCUUGUACCUGGUACAUGACAAUAUUUAAUAGAGUAGGUGUAAGUUUUCAUGCAAUUCAUCUUAUCCACCUGACUCUGAUAACCACCUUUUAUUUCAUACAUACUGAGAUUUACACUGUGAAGUACUAUCAUUCAUGUUCUAUAGGGAGAGCAGUGUAUUUUCAGUCUGUAGUUCUCUCCCAAUCUCUGAAUUUAAAGGUGAAAAAAUCUUUGUGUGUUUGAAAUAAAAACAUCAUACCAUGGAAAGUGAUUGGAAGAUUUUUUUUCACUUGCUACAAUGCAUCAAAAAAACUCACUCGUUCACUGUAAUCACAAGUUCAUUUUUCUGGUGCAUCGCAACUCAUGAAUAAAAAUUGUUUGUGUGAUUGUUGCCAUGGAAAUAAUACUCUUUCUAAUUACUUAGUUUUGGGGUAAUUUUCCUGCAGAGGAUUAGAGGGUAGGCUUAAUUAAGACUGGUUCUGGUCAGUUUUCUUCUCUAUUUAAGACAAAAAAUUACUGUAGAUUGAGGUAUAUUGACUUUAUGACACUACUGUAAACAGUACCAGCAUAUUUGAAACAUUUUGAAAAGGUAUGACAGAUUGUAGGGGUGAAUCAUGCACCACCAGCAUACAAACCUUAUUCAAGACCUUGUGUUUAGGAAGAUGGUAACAGGUGUAAUUUCAUACCUUGCUUAAUAUUUAGACCCUAAAAACUAUACACUGCCAGGAGGUAUAGCCUGUCAAGGCACAGUAAAAACAUGUCCCCUCCCCCUUGCAAUUUAACAUUCUGUAUUGGUAACAAAUGUAAAUUUAAAAAAUGAACUUAAUGUAGUUAAUUUUCAUUGCAGA